CUGUUCAGGCAGAAGGAAAGAAACCCUUGUGGAAGGUCCUGGUCAUAAGAGGGUGGUGCCGGUGGUGUUGAUGUCAGCAUGGAGAGUCACAGCCUGUGGGGCAUCCAUCCAGAUGACAGCUGAUUCCUGUGAAUCGUAGCGCGUCAGUUCUACUAUCGGGAGCGAGGGACUAUCUACAAUGGAUAUGUUAACUUUAAUAAUGUUAUAAACUCCCCCACCCCUAGAAAAUGGCGCUGUUAACCACGGAGAAAUGGGGGCUGGUUAAUUACACGUAGCUAGCUAGCUAGCUAGCCAUCCAGCAAGCUAAUUAGCUAGUGGACGAGCUAACUAAUCUAUUCUGGAAAAGCGAGUGAUCAGAACUGUGACCGUUUCUCCGCCAAGAAAAGCCACGAUCGGGGCGCUUUUUAAAAAAUCAAUAUACUGUCAACUCUGGAUCAGAGAUAACCAACCAGACCGGGGCGGAGUGAUGGAGCCCGGCUCGGUGGUCCGCGCCGUGUUUGAGUUCCUUCCCAGCGUUUCCGAGGAGCUCCCCCUGUUUACCGGCGAUGUCAUCGAGGUCCUUAGCGUGGUCGAUGAGUUCUGGUUGCUGGGCAACAAGGAUGGGGUCACAGGCCAGUUUCCCAGUACCUUCGUGGAGCCAGUUAGCAUCCCCAGUGCCAAGCCGGGCGAGAGGCUGUACGUGUGCAUCAAUGACUUCAGCAGCCUGGAACCCGGGAACCUGGCACUGAAGAGAGGUGACGUGGUGGUGGGGGAGGGCAACGUGGACGCCGCUUGGCUGAGGGGGCGGAACUGCUGGGGGUCGCGCGGGGUCAUCCCCGUGUCCUGCGUCGAAGAGCUCCGCCUCUCCUGCAGGUCCCGCCAGCUGUCCCAGAGGGCCGCCGUCACCGCGGCGGCGACCUCCGACCUCCCCAGCCACGCCCUGGGCCAGGCCCGGGCCCUCAUGAGCCUGUCGGCCCAGCUGGAGGAGGAGCUGGACUUCCGGGAGGACGACAUCAUCACCAUCGUGGGCGUGCCCGAGCCGGGCUGGUACGAGGGCGAGCUGGACGGGCGCAGGGGGGUGUUCCCCGAGGGGUUCGUGGAGCUGCUGGCUCCCCUGCGGUUGGGGGGGGCAGGGCAGGAGGUGGGGCCGUACGACAUCUACGAGGAGGAGGAGGAGGAGGAGGACGGGGAGGGCUCCGCUCGGGCAGCGGAGGAGUCUGUGGAGGAAGAGGAGGAGGACGAGGAGGGAGUUUACGGGGUGGCGCUGUAUGACUUCCGUGCGAUGGAGGCGGGCGAGCUGGACUUCGACGUGGGCGACAGGAUCCGGGUGGUGAGCACGCUGGAGGACGGGUGGCUGGAGGGGAGGCUGAGGGGGCGCAGCGGGGUCUUCCCCCACCGAUUCGUCCGGCUCGAGAGCCCGCGCCCCGCCCCCGAUGCCGAGAGGGAGGAGCUGCCAAACUUCGACUCCGCCCCCUCCAUAGAGAACAUAGAUGAGGACACUGCCAGACAAAGCCCGGCACUUCCGGGCGACUCCCACGGUGACGGUCAUGACUGGAGCGUCCAGGAGGACCACACGGUCUGGGACCUGGACUACUUGGAGCACCGGGCCGAACGCGGCGGCGCGGACAGGAAAUGGGCGGACGCAAAGCCGGCCGAUGCGAGAGUGGGUCCGGAGCCCACGCGCGGCUCCUGGGGCGGGGGGACCCUGACACCCCCGCGCAGAGAGCUCCAGAGGGCCAGCUCCGCCAGCCCCUCUCCCCCACCCAAACCCCGCCUCCCACCCCGCCCCAGCCUGCACUCUCUGAACCUCAGGUCGUCUUUCGGUCGUAGAACGGUAAGCGACGUCGCCGACUCGGACCCGCCCCCAGCGCCCGCCACCAGGACCCUCAGCCUCGCGUCGGCCAGCCAGAACGGGCAGAGCAAUGGGCGGAACGUCGCCCCUGACAACCCCUCCGGCUGGGGCGAGAGGCGGAGCCAUCGCAAGGUCGCCCGCCACUCAAGCGUCAACGACUCGGACCUGCUGCUGGGACGCGCGGGCGAGCGGUGGGGGAAGCCCAGGGGGCGGAGCUCCAACGGCCUGUCCGGCUCCUUCACCCUGGAGAGCCUCUCGGCAUCUGCGCGGGACCUGGACGCCGAGCUGUGCCAGCAGCUGGCCGAGUUUGAGAAGGGCUGCCUGCUGGGCGGGGCAGGGGGCGGAACCCGAGCUGGCCCAGGGGGAGGGGCCGGGGGCGGGCCUUUCCCCGAUUCCGGCCGGGAGCAGAUCUCACGCCACUUCUCCAUCCUGGACUUCAGCAGCGAGAGCGACAUCAUUCGGGGCUCCUCCCACUCCCCCGUGUAUCUCCAGUCUGAGGUCUCGCCCUUCUCUUCUUCCUCAUCUUCCCCUUUAGAGAGACGGAAGGUUCUGCGGCCCCCCCCGCCCCGCCCGAGGGUCGUCAGACCGCGGGUGUCCCGGGGCUUUCCGGCAGGGGGCGACCGUGGGGGCCCGCAAUCCUUCAGACCCGCGAGGCCCGCCCCGAGACCGCCCCCGCCCUGCCUGCGCCCGGACAGCCACUCCCCCAGGCCCCAGACCGACCACACCUUCCCUGCGCCGGAGGAUGAAGAGCAGGAAGAGGCGGAUCCCGAGGCGGAGGCGGAGUCUGAUGAGCAGAAGGCCCUGGAGAGAGAGCAGGAGCAGUAUUCCCUCCUCCGGCUGGAGGUGGUGGAGCGGGACAUGGAGGUGUACUCCCAAACUAUGGAGGAGCUGCGGCUCAUGCUGGAGGAGGAGGAGGAUGAGACGGCCCGCGCCCAAGCCCUGGAGAACCUGGAGUUCUGCUCCUACACACUUGACACGCUGUCCCUGGAGCAGCAGCAGCUACGAGAGAUGACCCUCCUGUCCGUGCAGCCGAAGUCCAUAGAUUCUGCAUUAGACUCUGUCCCAGUCUCCACGGCGACCACAGAGGACCCUGAGCAGAGGAUGAUGGAGAAAAGGUUGAAGGUCAUUGAGGAGCUCCUGCAGACAGAGAAGGAUUACAUCAAAGACCUGCACAUGUGUGUGAAGGAGAUCAUCCUGCCCUUGCAGAGGAUUCCGGUGCAGAACAUGGAUUAUGAAGGCCUAUUCGGCAACAUAAAUGCUGUGAUUGAUCUCUCUAGACGGCUGCACAAGAGCUUGCUGGACACGGACUCCAUAGGAAAAGUUUUCCUAGACUACAAAGCAGAGCUGGAGGAAGUGUAUAAGAUCUAUUGCCAGAACCACGAUGACGCCAUUUCUCUGCUGGAGGGCUAUGAGCGGGACGAGGCCAUACAGAAACACAUCCUGGAGUGCUUGGAGAAGCUCAGGGCGAUAUAUCGCGAUUGGGGUAAGACCAACUACAUCAACCUGGGCUCGUUCCUGAUCAAGCCCGUGCAGAGAGUGAUGCGGUACCCGCUGCUGCUCAUGGAGCUGCUGAACGCCACGCCCGAGGCCCACCACGACAGGAAGCAGCUGGCCGAGGCCCUCAGGUCCAUCAAGGAGAUCAAUGUCAACAUCAACGAGUACAAGAGGCGGAAGGAUCUCGUGGUGAAGUACAGGAAGGCGGAUGAGGACACACUGAUAGAGAAAAUCUCCAAGCUGAGCAUGCACUCCAUCAUCAAGAAAUCCAACCGCGUCAGCAGCCACCUCAAACAGCUGACCGGCAUCUCACCCCAGAUCAAAGAUGAGGCGUUUGAUGAGGCCGAGAAGCUUUUCCGACUGCAGGAGAAGCUCAUCAAAUCCUUCAUCAGAGAUAUCUCCCUCUACCUACAGCACAUAAGGGAGUCUGCCUCAGUCAAGGUCCUGGCUGCCAUCAGCUUUUGUGACGUUUACACCGACCGGAACCAGACGGACCCAGAAUGCUUCCCGAGUGCACACCGCAGCAUCAGCGACAAGCAGUUCACCCACUUUAAGGAGAGGACGGAGGCGCUGGUGAUCUCCCCGCUGACGCAGCUGCUGUGCAUGUUCACGGGCCCGCACAAGCUGAUCCAGAAGCGCUUCGACAAGCUGCUGGACUACGACAGCUGCAAGGAGCGCGCCGACAAGCUGAAGGACCGGCGGGCGCAGGACGAGCUGCAGGCGGCGCGCAACAACUACGAGGCGCUCAACGCGCAGCUGCUGGACGAGCUGCCCAAGUUCCACCGCUCGGCCGAGGAGCUGUUCACCGGCUGCGUGCGCAGCUUCGCCCGCGCGCAGCGCGACUUCGUGCGCCUCACCCUGGGGGAGCUGCAGCCCGUCCUGCAGUUGUCGGGCAUCGCGGGGAUAGACGGGAACCUGGUGGCGCUGUUCCAGGAGGAGCACGGGCGCGUCAUGCAGCUGCUGCAGAGCUUCAGCUUCUUCCCCGAGAGCCAGCCGGCCGCGCGCAAGCCCUUCGAGAAGAAGAGCGUUGAGCGCCAAGCGCCGCGCAAACUGCUGGGCCCGCGUAAUUACGUGCUACAGACAGACGACCAUCGGGCGGCGCUGUUAGCUCGAUACGGGCCCGAGAAGCUGUUCCAGGCUGAGAGGAAUUUUAACGCCACUCAGGAUCUGGACGUGUCUGUGCUGGAGGGCGACCUGGUCGGGGUCAUCAAGCAGCAGGACCCCAUGGGCAGCCAAAACCGCUGGCUUAUCGACAACGGAGCUACUAAGGGUUUUGUGUACACCUCCUUCCUGAAGCCAUACAACCCCCGAAGGAGCCAAUCAGAUGUUUCCAUAGGAAGCCACUCCUCCAACGAGUCAGGAUACGGAGGCUCCUCCCCCGUCUUUUCCCGACAGAACAGCAGCAGCACCUUGACCUUCAACCAGGAGACCGCAGCUGUGAGCUUCUCCGCGGCCCCUCCCCCAAGCAGCUCCACCCCCCCGGACCCCGUCCCCUGCCGAAAGAGCAAUCGCAGGGACGCCCCGUCACCCAGCGGGACCUAUCAGAAAAACACAUCUGACUCCUCCCACCGGAGCCAGGCCAAUCACAGGGACCAGCCCGACUCCUCCCACCGGCAUCCCGCCAGAGAGCCCUCGGAAUCCUUCCAUGCAAAUCCCGCCAAUCACAGGGACCUUUCAGACUCCUCGGAGACGAACUCCCUUUCCUCCCUGAGGCACGGCCAGCAGUACGGGUCCGUUCAGCGGCGCAAUGGCGACUGUAACCCGCAGAGAGGGGUAGCUCCUCCCCACGAGGAGCUCUCUGAUCCCGAGCUGCAGCCUGAACCUGACGGGCACCAGAUUUACUACGCCAUCUACCCAUUCAGUGCCCGCUGCGUCAACGAGCUGAGCAUCGCGGCCCACGAGCGCGUGCGGAUCCUGGAGUUCCACGACCUGAACGGCAACCAGGAGUGGUGGCUGGGCGAGGCAGGCGGUCGACGCGGUUACGUUCCCUCCAACUACAUCCGCAAGUCUGAGUACACCUGAGCGCAGGGAGAGGGGGGCCGACCGACAGGGUCAGACUGCAAAAUGAGCCGCGGGAUUGGGCUGGUGGCCCCGGGAGGCGGAGCCAACGGGACAAAAGGGUGCCUUAUUUGUGCAGAGCGUCUGCCGUGAGCUGGACUGAAUUUCUGUGGGAACUUUUCAGUGCUGCUGAUAUGCUACACACAGAUACAUAGAGAAGCAUACCCAUAUAUAUAUAUAUUAUAUAUAUAUGAUUAUAUUUAUAGGUCUUCCAUUCUUUUUAUUUCUGGAGUUUCCAUAAAUGGAACUUUGGCUCGUCGCCGGAAGACUGCAGAUGAAUUGGGUUUUGUGCCGUGGGAACAGGAGGGGUUUUGGUUUUUGUUUUGUUUCUUCCUCCCCUCAUGAAUCUGCAAUAUGAACAUCAGUGGUUCUUCCAAAAUGUCCUUAAGGAGAUCACAUUCAUGUCCGAGUGCGCAGUUCACCCACCUGAGCAGUGGGGAUGGCACGAGCGAGGUAUGGCUGCGAUGCGAGACGCUUGACUGGCCGUGGCUGCAACAGCGCCGCCCUGUGGGAUGGGAGGACGAGUUGCUGGCAUUAAAACUGAGCCAGAAACGGUUUGGCAUCGGGGACAUUGUGCUGUGCACUUUUGGCCAUUCUAUUAAACCCAGGAAAAGAAUUUGGUUGGAUGUAUAAGCAUCAAACAUGCAUCACUAAACGUUUUAAAGCACUAUGUACUUCAGCUACAAGUAAGUGAUAAAGUAACCUUUUCUGAAAUUAAAUACGAAGUGGAAUUUUAAUGGAGUAUUUCAGUAGAUUUAUUUUUUUUUCCGUUCUCUGCGUAUGCUUCUGAUACAGGCUAUUGUGCACUUACGAGGCAAUAGCAUUAGGUUGUGCUCAGGACAUCCAGCUCUUUCCCUGGUUUUUAAAAACUUUCAUUGCUUUUUUUAACCCCCAGAGAACUUAAUCAUGAGUCUGGGCUCUCGAUUCUGUGUGCACAUUAAAUGGCAGUGUUGUGGCAUGAAGUAUUAAUCAUGUUAGCGAAGAACACUACCUGCUGGUGUCCCUCAGUCGGCUAACGCCUCCCCUUACAGUCCUAUUGCUGCUUGCAGCUCCUCUUUGGGGUAAGGGCGGAUGUGUUUCCUUUCCUCUUCCCAAAAUAGCAGAAAAACUGUGUAAGGUGGCACUGUAUACGUUUAGAAAAGAGAGACGAUGCCUAGAGUGCUGUGGUUGAAGUAUUUAGUUGCUGGAUUGGAUCCGGAGUCAGAUCAAAGACUGUCAGAAACGGACUGUCUGUGGAGUGUUUAAAUACAUACAGCUCAAGUUGUCUCCAGGCAGCUGUUCCCGCCGGGCUUGCUUUUAGUUGACGUUAACCUCAGAGCAGAAUCAUGUCAUCACCGGCUGAGCGUGCUCUCAAGCCAAAAUGUCAAACGAAAAUGAACAAAGGACACUGCUGAACAGAGCUGGACCAAGACCAAGAAAUCCUGUGAAAUACAAAGCAAUUUGUAUGCCAAAAAAAGGGAAGGAAAAUUAUUUUGCUCUUUCGCGGAAUUGGAGAUGGUGUGAGAGCGCUCCCUAGUGGCCAUGUUCCCUCACUGAUCAUACCCUUCAUUGCCGUUUCGGGAGAUGUGUUCACUUCUGUGUCAAGUGAUUUUUUUUUCAUCUGAAUAAAAACAAAUCAGUUAUUCUGAUAAGAGAUGCCUUGGAAAA